CAGAGGGCGAGAGGGGAGGGAGGAGGCGAUGGGAGAGCAGCGUCACGGGCGGAGGGGAGGAGAGAGGAGACAUACACAGAGACACUACUGCAGUGACAUAGCAGAGGGAGACUCCCAGCCACUGCAGAGGAACCACAGGAGCUGACAAUCUACGCCGCGAGAUGCUCCAUGUAUUUAACCCGCUACGCAAGUCCGGCAGUGACACCUGCCUCUCUCCUGACAAUCCUCUACACUGGAAGCGCGUGGCUAUCAGAAGACCCCCUGGUCCCAAUCUUCCCGACUCCUCCUCCCACCCUGCCCCCUCUUUACCCGUGCCGGAGGUGAGGGUGGAACGCUCAUUCAGUGCUGGCAACUUGGUGUGUGACAGUGAUGAGGAAGGUGGGACGGAUGGCAGAACUCUGGGGGUUCCAGGAUCCAUGUGGAGAACACGCAGCGAGUCCCAUUUGGACUCGGGAGGCAGGGAGGAGGCGCUGGGAGAAAAGGAAAAGUCAAGCAGCGGAUGGAGCUUGCCGUCACCGAAGACGCUAAGAAAAAAGAGGAGAGCAGCGAAAGUCUUGGCGGCGAAACAGAAUCUCUUGUCCUUUUUUGCGGGAUCCUUUAAGUCGCUGGCCUCCAGCGUAGAGACAGAUAUCGGAUCUGUUUGCGAAACUGACAAAGCAAGGCACAAAAAGAAGGAACAGAAGCACAAAAGAGGCCAUCUCUCCCUGUUCCGCCUGUGGCCAUCUCAGUCGUCGCAUAUUGCACGGCCCAGUGUAGAUGAAGUUCAGAGUUGGGGACAGUCAUUUGAUGAUCUCCUCUCUCACCCAUAUGGGCGAGCUGUUUUUCGGGUGUUCCUACAGUCAGAGUUCAGUGAUGAGAACCUUGAUUUCUGGCUGGCUUGUGAAGAUUACCGAGACACACACCCUAGCUUUAUCCUCCACAGCCGAGCCCGCAAAAUCUACCAGCACUACAUCGCGUUCCAGUCCCCGAAAGAGGUUAAUUUAGAUGCCAGCACGAGAGAGCUUACCGAACACAACCUUCUACUCCCUACGCGUACAACCUUUGAUGAGGCCCAGCGCAGGAUAUAUGGCCUGAUGGAGCGUGACUCCUACCCCCGAUUCCUACGCUCAGAUCUCUACCAAAGCAUGCUCCACCCACCUAAUGGAGCCUGCUGAGGGAAAAGAACAACGCAAUGACAUCAGGGAUACAAAGGAGUCAGCCUGUCCCACCCUCAUUUGCCCAGGGGGACACAUUUUCAGAAGCUCAAUGGACCAACUUUGAAAGGUCAUUUUGAGGGACUGAAUGACCCAUGUCAAGGUGGAGUCAGCCAUGCCAAAGCCGGUCAGGAGUCGCCAUUUUGAUCAAUGAGUUUCUCUCGAAGGAUGCCCCGUUUUGACCCAGGAUGGACCAAAUUUCUUCUAUGCCGCAGCCUGCUGGGCUAAGCCAUUUGAACAGUAGAGCUUUUGCCAGUAGCCAUUUUGAUUCGGAAAGGAGUCAACAGUGGCAACUUUUGAUUCAAGAUGGAGUUUGUCACGUUAGCACUUGUUACCUAAUAGCGUUGGCUAAUCUGAACACUAAUGGAAAUACACACAGUCAUUUCCUACUUCUUCCAGACCAAGAGAUUUUGCCAAGUCUGGCUUGAUAAUAGCAAGUAUAGGCUGUCAUUAAGACUUUUGGUCAUUAUAGACAGCGUCUCUAAAUUUUAAGCACUAAUUUCAUCUGCAAAAUGGAGCCAGUGAUAUCAAGAGAUGCAGGCCUAAGCACAUCAAAGUGGCCAUUUUGAACACUAUUAAUUUAAUCAUCAUGUUUUAUUGAUUUUAAGUAUAUCGCAAAACGUUCUAUUGUUUUUAGUCUAUUUUGUUGACUGCCAUGGUAGAAAAUUCUGAAUCUGUUUCCUGUAUUUUAAAUUAACUACAUUUGUCAAAAGACAAAUCAAGACCUUCAUGGUAACAGGUAAAAAUCUGUUGGAAUUGAAAAUUGGAACAUAUCCCGCAGUUGCUAUCAGUUUGUCCUUUUACUCUGCUCACACUUGAUGGAAAUCGGCCAUUUUGAACAAUGAUGUCGCAUGAGCCAUCUGCUAUUCUGAACUCCGUACUCUGAUAUAUAUAUAUAUAUGUUUAUGAAAGGGACUGCAUUUUGGAAAACUAUUGGCAGAAAGUGCCGCUCCUGUCCCCAAAGUCUUCACCGUUCUUAACAGUAUGGAUAACCUUUGAAGCCUUGCGCCUUUUUCUUUGCACUGUUAAUGCCUUUUGCGCCUUCUUCCAUCUCCAAUGCCUCCAUAUUGAUGCACUGAAGCCAUUUGCCUCUCCCCACACCAUUAUGCAUGUUGCUGCCUCAGUUUAAGCGGCCAUUUUAAACGUGGCCCACAUAGCUGUCACCUCCUAAAAGUCGUCCAUUUUGUGUGUACGUUAAAGCUCUCAUUGCUUCAUACUUGUCUGUAGUCAUCAUGUUGGAAAUAGUGUCAGCCAUUUUGAAGUCCCUUCCCUAGCAGGGAUCCAAUGCUCCACCAGUAACCCCUUCCUUGAAAAAGGACCUGUGAACAUUUUUUUCUGUUACAGUCUGCUUUUGAGCAUCGUUCCCUCAUGACUUCCCUGCUUGAGACCUGUGGAGUGUUGUACCUCAUUUAUUUGUGGUUAUAAGUACAAAUCAGGAAAAACGUGGUUUUCGGUUUAUGAAGUCUAAUUGUUUUUUAUGAGUAAAUCUGUUAUUAGUCCUACGCACUGAAUAAAGAUAUGCAGUAUUCA